AUGACUGAAUAUCUUAAUAAGUUAUUGCUUAUUAAAUAUAAAGAUGAAUCAUUAAAAGACCAUUUGGUAAAAUUUAUCAUUAGCCAUUCAUGUAUUGAACGUCUCAACACAUCUUUUCUUAAGGCUAAGAUGAUAACUAAUCAUCCUAAACUUAGGGAUUGUUUUCAGAAUCUUAAACAACUCGAAACAACCGAUGACUAUAGUCCUAAUUUCUUUAUUGUAUUAUCAGAUGUCUGCAAUCAUAUUCAAACAUUUAAAUUGCAUCUUAAUAAUAUGAAUAAACAUGCCAGUGCAAAUGAUUUAGCAAGCUUGAUCAAAAAUCAAAAUAAAGUUAAAAAAAUACAUACUUAUUUACCUAAAUCAACUAAAUCGGGCGAACUUUGUGGUUCUAAUUUAAAAAAUGCAAUACUGAGCCAUUCCAACUCGAUGGUUGAAUAUCAUAGCACAGGUAACUAG